AAGGCUCAAAACUAGCAGUUGUUCGAAGGUUUGGCAACCGCGAUGCGUGUGAAGAGAGACGGCUAGGGUGUGGAGUAGCGCCACUGAAGUGCACCAGUCGUUCGUAUCAUUUUCCGAAUUCUUUACUGUGGCUCUGGUGAAUGACGAUUAUAGCAUGCAAUGACUUUGCACCAGUGGAUACAUCCGCUUUAGUUUAUUUGCUUGCUUUAUUCAUUUUUCCGUUUUAAAUGAAUGGCAUGUGCAUUUUGCGAGGCUACUUGAUGUGCCAUCCGGAGUGAGUGGUUUUGGCAAUAUGUGUCGCUGGAAUAUGGUAUGCACUCGCAGGGCUUAUGGAAUAUAGCCUGGUUUGUCACAAUCUGUAUGCGUUCUCAUUCAGCCCGGUGAAAAAUAAACUCUUUCUGCUCGGCAUCAUGUUUUUACUCUGGGUAUAUAUGCUCUACUCCUGCGUGGGCUACUGUGCCACCAUGCCAAGUUUGGUCGUGGACAAUUACCGGGGAAAGGAGACAGGGUCUGUGGUCGGUAAAAGGAUAGAGAAUAACGGCAGAGUGGACCUCAUGUCCAGACUGCUCCCUAGACCCCAACCCUGGGUGGAUAUAGAAUCCGAUUACGACGAACCCUCUGUCCGGACCUCCUCCAGAGACUUGCUCAAUAACGAUAUAGACGCGUACAGAGGAGCGGAGGACUGGGACGAGAUGAGGGGCGAGGGGCAGAGAGCUCCUGAGCCCGGUGCGAUGUCAAGUUUCUCCAACGGAUCAGGGAGCAAGAAGCUUCCCCAGGCGAUCAUCAUCGGUGUAAAGAAAGGAGGGACGCGCGCGCUGCUCGAGUUCCUCCGCGUGCAUCCAGACAUCCGAGCUGUGGGAGCCGAACCGCACUUCUUCGACCGCAACUACGAGAAUGGACUGGAGUGGUACAGGGAGCUGAUGCCCAAGACCCUGGAGGGUCAGAUCACCAUGGAGAAGACCCCCAGCUACUUUGUGACCAGAGAGGCCCCGGCCCGGAUCUCCGCCAUGUCCCGGGACACCAAGCUUAUUGUGGUGGUGCGGGACCCCGUCACCAGGGCCAUCUCUGACUACACGCAGACGCUGUCUAAGAACCCCGAUAUUCCCACCUUCGAGAGCCUGACCUUCAAAAACAGGACUACGGGGCUCAUCGACACAUCCUGGAGCGCCAUCCAGAUCGGCAUCUAUGCCAAGCACCUGGACAACUGGCUGCAGUACUUCCCCAUGGGUCAGAUCCUGUUUGUGAGCGGAGAGCGUCUGAUCAGCGACCCGGCCGGAGAGCUGGGCCGGGUGCAGGACUUCCUGGGACUCAAGAGGAUCAUCACUGACAAACACUUCUACUUCAACCAGACCAAGGGCUUCCCCUGCCUCAAGAAGGCUGAGGGCAGCAGCAAGCCCCACUGCCUGGGCAAAACCAAAGGGCGGACCCACCCCAACAUCCACCCAGAGGUGGUGCAGAGGCUACGGGACUUCUACAGACCUUUCAACAUGAAGUUCUACCAGAUGACAGGACAUAACUUUGGUUGGGAUUGAUGGAUGUGAAUUUGGGAAGACACCUUGUUUUUUUUCUCUCUCUGUAAUUCAAUGAAUGGCAAAAAAAAGACAUGCGAGAUAUUGCUAUAUAUAUAUGUAAAAUGUACAGAAAUCUAUUUUAUAAUAAUUUAUUUUUAUUUCUAAGCAAUUAAUUCACUAAGCUGCCUAACCAUAUUGUACAUACAUAGCAUCUGGCCCACAUUUAUUUCCUCGUUUUCUUUUUUUUUUACAUUCCACAUUUUAUUUUGUUUCUUUAUUCUUCCCUUAAUGGUCCCUCAUGUCAACUCAAUAGAGUUAACAUGUCAACUCAGCACAGUUAAAAUGGUCUCUCAUGUCAACUCAGCAGAGUUAAAAUGGUCCCUCAUGUCAUCUCAGCAGAGUUAAAAUGGUCCCUCAUGUCAACUCAGCACAGUUAAAAUGGUCCCUCAUGUCAACUCAGUAGAGUUAAAAUGGUCCCUCAUGUCAACUCAGUAGAGUUAAAAUGGUCCCUCAUGUCAACUCAGCACA